UUCUAAGAAAUGUCCACUCUUGCUUCACGUCUUCAACCUUCGUAAUCCCAAUUCUUCACUCCUCACUAAAACCCUAGAUUUCCAAUUCCAGUCGACCCGAUUCAAUUCGCCCCAAAUUGAUUCUGGGUCUGAUCUCAAGAUGAGUAAUUUGAGAACAAUUUGUAGGCCACACGCCGGCUUCACCUCCUUCAUAUGCUGCAGACAUCAAGCUCGUUUCAGCUUUAGGGUUUCCUUUAAGCGUGGAAACCCUAAUUACUCGCCUAGUCUCUCUCCGGCGACGUCGGAUUUCGCGAGAUUGAAUCGGAGCGAGUCGUGGUUUGGAGCGAACCAGAGAAGGUCCAUGGUUAGGGCUUCGAAUUGGACCCACCCCCAGUCUCCCUAUGAAACUCUUGAAUUAGAGAUGGAUGCUGAUGAUGAUCAGAUAAAGGUGGCUUACAGAAGAUUGGCCAAGUUUUACCAUCCUGAUGUUUAUGAUGGCAGAGGGACCUUGGAGGAGGGGGAAACGGCUGAAGCUAGGUUUAUCAAGAUUCAAGCUGCAUAUGAAUUGCUUUUAGAUGUCGAGAAGAGGGGCCAAUAUGACAGAGAUAACCGAGUCAACCCUUUGAAAGCAUCUGAAGCAUGGAUGGAGUGGCUAAUGAAAAAGCGGAAAGCUUUUGAUCAACGAGGUGAUAUGGCAAUAGCUGCUUGGGCUGAGCAACAACAGCGUGAGAUGAAUAUCCGUGCACGUCGACUUUCUCGUUCCAAGGUCGACCCUUAUGAAGAGAAGAAAAUCCUGGCGAGAGAAAGGAAGGCCUCUGCUGAGUAUUUCUCCAGUACGCUAAAGCGGCAUACAUUAGUGUUAAAGAAAAGAGACAUCAUGAGAAGGAAAGCAGAGGAAGAUAAAAAAAAGAUCAUUGGUCAGCUUUUAGCAGCAGAAGGACUCGAGCUUGACACAGAUGAGGAAGAAAAUCAGUAAUGAAGAUUCCGACUCAUCACCAAGAAUUGUAUUAUUAGCAUACCCACAAGCUGCAGAGGAACUUGAGCUUGACACAGAUGAAGAAGAAACCCUGGAUGAAAAAUUACUCAUUGCCUUCUACAUUUGUAUUAUAGCAUACCAUAUAGAUUGUCCCAUCAGUAUUAGUUUUUACCUGCAGAAACAUUAUACAACUUUGUAUAUAUCUUUACGUUGCAGAAAAUGGACUCAAUUUAUGGGAGAUAUUCAUUUUUGAGGGGAAAGUAUACGGAGUUCAUUCAUGCUCA